AAUCAUUUCGGUUCUAAUGGUGUGAAAAUUAUGUACUUGACAUUUUGAUUUGAAGUCUCGCAUGUGACCUACUUCGUAAAUUCGCGGGAAUUUCCCAAAAUGGCUGACCAAAUUUUUAUGGAAAACCUUGAGGAGUAUGUCAAUGACGCCAACAAAAUAGUUUCAUACAAAUGGCUGAGUCGGACACUUGGAGUUCAUGUCAAUGAAGCAAAGCAAAUGCUACACAGUUUUGUAGAAAAAGAAAGAAAUGAGAAAGACAAUGACAAAAUUUCUGUGGUGUAUAUGGUGUCAGGUGUGUCAAAGACUGAUAAGGUACACAGAAUCUGUGUCAUACAAGAGGAGCAACUGGAAGCUACAAAGGCUCAACUUGACCCAGUAACUAGUUGCCAUGUCUACAGUGUACAACAAGCAAAGUUGAAGGACUCUAAUGCUCUGUACACUGCUGACUAUGACCUCCUGAAAGAACAGAUAUUUACUUCAAAUAAAUAUAGUGCAAUCAAAUGCACCCUCGCAAAGUUGAGGUCUGCUGAUGAGCUGAAAAUAUCUGCCUUGAAGAUCAACGAGUCAUCUACAGAGAAAUCUGCAGUCAAGAACAAUAAAAGCUCAACAGCCGAUACUAAACCAAAGAAGACUGAGAGUGAUGUCUCUAAAAAGGGUGGACCUGGAAAGAAGUCAUCUCCCCAAGGGAAGCAAGGGAUAGCUAGUAUGUUUACCAAAGCAGAGAAGAAAUCUGCCCCUGAAUCAGAGAAGAGUGUGAAGUCUGCAGCUAAGGGGAAACCUAAGCAGGCAGGAGUGAUGUCUUUCUUUAAUAAACAGUCAAGUAAACCUGCAGGAAAAGCAACUAAAAAGGAAUCUCCAGUAAAAAGUAAGAAGAAGCGGGAUGAUGACAGUGAUGAGGAUGUUAAGAAGCCAAAGAAGAGACGUGUCAUUGAAAGCAGUAGUGAAAGCGAAAGUGAAGAAGAAAUGAUGGAGGAAGAACCAAUGCCCCCUACCCCACCCAGAGAGGCAACACCCCCACCCCAGGAGCUUACCCCAACCCCAGAAGAACCAGAGAGCCCAAUACCCAAAACUAAUGCUGAGAAAACCAAUAAUAAGAAUUCUGAUGUGUCAGAUGCCACUCAAAAAGGACAUAGGAGAAAGAGAAAAAGGAAAUUAGUUCCAAAAACUUCCAUAGAUGAAGAUGGAUUUAUGGUGACAGAAAAGGUUUGGGAGAGUGAUUCCACUGAUGCCUCAGAUGUAGAACCUCCUCCACCUCUAGUACAGAAGAGUCCCAAUCCUCCUUCACAGAAGAGGUCUACAGAGGAAAGUGGAACAAAAAAGGAGACAAAGACGAAAGCCCCCGCUAAAAAACAAAGCAAGGCAAAUACGAAACAGACUUCUCUUAUGAACUUCUUUAAGAAAUCAUGAUCACAUAUUCCUGAUAAGGGGUGACUGUAAUUGGACAAAUGGUUAUAGAUAAAAUACAAAUAUCACAUUCAAUGCUGACUUUAGAAAAUUAUCAAUAAUUGUAUACCGAAC